UAACAGUAACAUAAAAACAUUGAGAACAAAUAUAUUAGGUGUGUUAUAUGCUUCUUUAUUAUACAAGUUGGAUACAAAAUUGGUUCACAUUUUACCCGCUUGAUAAUUAGGAUUCAGUUUCAAUAUAUACCGUGACAGGGAAGUAACAGUCUAACAGACCAGUGUGACCACACCGUUUAUGUGUACCGCCACUAACACUCACGUUUUGUUUUUGUACGUCCCUUGUCACUAUUUUGCAAUCAUUCAAUUACGAUUUUGCACCGAAAAUUAGGCGAACGACAGUAUGCAGCGACAAAUGAUUAGUAUCCUGGGACAGACAGGGCGCCGCAUGAUGCUGGGACAACAACUUCGCCCGUUGUCAGUAUCCGCGCAACGCAGGGAGAUCUUCAAAGUACAGAGUGCAGAGGAUUUCGACAAGAAGGUGAAGAACAGCCAGCAGCCCGUUAUUGUUGACUUCUUCGCAACGUGGUGCAACCCCUGCAAGCUGCUGACCCCUCGUAUUGAGAAUAUUGUCGGGGAACAGGCGGGCUCUAUCAAAUUGGCAAAAGUUGACAUUGACGAGCACAGCGAACUGGCUCUGGACUACGAUGUAGCGGCCGUCCCAGUCCUGGUGGUGAUGCAAAACGGCAAGGAGGUGCAACGCAUGGUGGGCCUUCAAGAUGAGGACAAAAUACGUGCCUGGGUCGCCGCCGCCGUGAAGCAGACAAAGUCGUAAUUUGUUACCCUAUGAAAGCCUUUGAAAAUCUGUAGAGGAUAUACCCACAAAUGGAGCCAAGCUUUAAGUUGAUUCGGACUUUCGAAAUAAAUGUUUAUGUUGCCACAAAAAAUAGAAA